AUGAACUCUUUCCUACGCGUCUUCUUCAUGGUUGUUGCCGUCCUGUUGGUGGUACCUGCUUCCGCAUUCUCCCCUGUUGCCACACUCUCGUCACGAGGAGUGACUGCCUCCUCUGCUAGUUCCUUGGCCAUGGGUGUCGCUAUCCUAGAGAGAGAUUCGGUGAUCACCAGAGGGCCCGCAAUCCUCGAACGCACGGAAGAAGGCACUACCAAGGAACCCACCCGCGACCGAAAGCAGCAAGGGAACGAGAACUGGGAGGUCCGCAUCUACAAUGAUGGUCUCAACACUCGAGAGCAUGUGGCACGAUCGUUGGUUCAAGUGACUGGCAUGUCGGAGUUGAUUGCCUACCAGACCAUGAUGCAGGCUCAUCAGACUGGACUUGCCGUCGUUGGCCGAUGGGUCUUUGAAAUUGCAGAGAUGUACCACGAUGAACUCAAGCGAAACGGCAUUGUCUGCGAUAUCAUUCCCGUUGGGGAAGACGGUCGGUAG